AUGGAGAGUAAAUAUAAGAGAAUACUGUUACUUGUCUGCCUGGAAAACUUGACCAAUAAGGAACUGAAGACACUGAAGUUUAUCCUUCCAGAUGAGUUUAAGGUCUCCAAAAGCAAACUAGCAAAUGUGAACAGGACAGAGGUAGCUGACUUGAUGACUCAAAGUGCUGGGAUCACCUCUGCAGUGAUGAAGACCCUACAUAUUUUAAAGAAGUUUUAUUACAGAAAACAGAAAAGAGAUCAUAUAUUAUUUGAACUUAAAGACAACACAGGGAGGAUGGAAGUAUUGGUGGUUGGAGAACAGAAAAUGAUCCACUGUGAGGAAAGGGAUAAACUUUGACUCACUUUCUUUGAGCUGUCAAAAUUUGGGGAAAAACUACAGUUGAAAUCAGGAGACCACAGUGCCUUUAAGACUGAGGAGCCGCCCCUUCAGGAAAUGCACGUUACAUGA